GAAUUUUCAAAAAAAAAUAAAAUAAAAAUGGAGGAGUUGAAAAAUGGAAAGAGAAGGAUGAACCAUUUUUUCUAGUUCAUCGAUAAAGGCAUUAUUCCUGAAGCUGGUAGCAGCAUGGAGAGCAGCGACGAAGACGAAGAUUUCUCUUGCCAUAUAGGCAUUAUUCCCCAGUCAAAGAUUAACUCUCUCCAUCAAUCCCACACUGAAAAGGGAAUCAGAAAAUUGUGUUGUGAGCUGUUGGAUCUGAAGGAUUCAGUGGAAAAUUUAUGUGGAAAUACAAGGGCAAAGUACUUGGCUUUUCUGAGGUUAUCUGAAGAAGUAGUAGAAAUGGAGCAUGAAUUGAGUGAGUUGAGAAAGCACAUUUCAGCCCAUGGAAUUCUUAUACAGGAUCUGGAGAGUGGAGUCUUUUGUGAAAUAGACGAGUGGAUCAAAGCAGGCAACCAGGAAGAUGUACCUGAAUCGCAAAUUUCUGAGUUUAAUGACCUGUCUUCUAAAGACGACUUUGAUGUGAAGAAAAUCUUCUUGGAAGAUAUUGAUAUCCUCUUGGCUGAGCACAAAGUGCUAGAUGCACUAGAAGCCUUAAAUAUGGAGGAGAAAAGCUCACCGGAACUAAGAAGUGCCGGAGAUAUGAACGUGCCCUAUAAAUCUGAGUUCCUGAAAAGGAAGGCUAGUCUUGAGGAUCAGCUUGUUAAAUUUAGUGCUCAGCCUUCAGUUGGUGAUGUUGAGCUGAAGCAAGCUCUAUCUGGUUUGCAGAAACUUGGAAAAGGAUCAAUGGCUCAUCAGAUACUGCUCAAAAAAUAUGCUUCACGCCUCCAAAAAAGAGUCGAGGCUUCUGUUCCAUUAUGUUCCCUUUACUUGGAAACAUAUCCCGCUACUUUUUCCAAAAUUAUAUUUUCGUUCAUCUCUUUGGCUGCAAAAGAAUCUCAUUCUACUUUUGGUGAUGAUCCUGUUUACACAAACAAAGUGGUCCAAUGGGCAGAGGAGGAAAUUGAAUCUUUUGUGCGGUUGGUCAAGGAGCAUGGUCCUCUAUCCGAGACAACCACUGCACUGCGUGCAGCUAGUGUGUGUGUUGAGGCUAGCUUAAGGAAUUGUACAAUCCUGGAAGUACAGGGUAUAAAGCUCUCCAAGUUGCUUAUGGUACUUUUGAAGCCAUAUAUGGAAGAAGUGUUAGAGAUGAAUUUUAGAAGAGCUAAACGAGUAUUUUUGGACAUCACUGAAAAUGAUGGAUGUCUUCUGUUGUCUCCUCGUUUUUUUUCUCCUUUGUCAGUAUUUGCUUCCUCGUCAGAUGAUGUACUCAUUAGUAGUGGACUGAAGUUUAUAUCCAUUAUCAAAGAUAUAGUUGAACAGCUGACACCCUUGGCCAUUUUACAGUUUGGAGCAAAUCUUUUGGGUAGAGUUGUUCAGCUAUUUGAUUGCUAUGUAGACCUUCUAACAAAAGCUUUACCUAGUCCUUCAGAGGAUGAUGGCAUUACAGAGCUAAAGGAGGCUCUGCCCUUUAAAGCUGAGACAGAUUCACAACAAAUUGCAGUUCUGGGUGUUGCUAACAGUGUUGUGGAUGAUUUACUACCUAUGGCAGUGUCAACAAUUUGGAAUGUUAAAAUGGAGACUCAUGAUCCAACGAUUGGGUCCCAUGAAAGCAUCUCGCCCAUAGGAGGUCAUGCUAUCGAGUUCAAGGACUGGAGACGUCAGCUUCAGCAUUCUCUAGACAAGCUAAGGGAUCAUUUCUGUCGGCAAUAUGUUUUGACCUUCAUAUAUUCAAGAGAAGGUAAAGCACGACUUGAGGCCAGAAUCUAUGUUGAUGGAGAAGGGGAGGACUUCCUUUGGAGCUCAGAUCCGCUUCCUUCACUUCCAUUCCAGGCUUUAUUUGCAAGGCUACAGCAAUUAGCAACAGUUGCUGGGGAUGUAUUGCUCGGAAAGGAAAAGCUUCAGAAAGCUCUGCUGGCGAGACUGACUGAAACAAUAGUCAUGUGGUUGUCUGCUGAACAGGAAUUUUGGAGUGUGUUUGAGGAUGGGUCAGUGCCAUUAAAGCCAUUUGGUUUGCGGCAGUUGAUCCUCGAUAUGCAUUUCACUGUCGAAAUUGCACGAUUUGCGGGACAUUCAUCGAGACAGGUGCUCCAGCUAGCAUCUGGAAUUAUUGCCCGUGCUGUCAAAACCUUUGCUGCAAGAGGCAUUGAUCCUCAGAGCACGCUUCCUGAGGACGAGUGGUUCUCUGAAGCUGCCAAGGCAGCCAUAAAUAAACUCUUGCUUGUGGCUUCUGGGUCAGAAGCUUCAGAAACAGAAGAGCAUGCCGUGUUACACCAACACAUUGUGUCAGAUUCUGAGGACUCGAUUUCGUGCGCUUCAACAGCAGAUUCCUUUCAUUCUUUUGUCUCAGCAGAAACAGAUCUGGACAGUCCUUCACAUGUUAGCCCUUCGCGUGUUAUUGAGCCAGUACUCUUUUCUUGAGGACAAGAGUGAACCUGUGUAUUAAAAAAUAGAGCUUCAGUGAGAUAGUGCAUCUACCAAUGGGGUUAGGUAGUUAGUCAGUACUCUUUCCUUGAGGACAAGACUCACAAGAGUAUGAACCAGGUAUAUAAUUUAUUGGGCAAGUGUACACUAUCAAUACUCAAGCUCCUUAUUGAAUGAGGCGCAAGGUUUUAGCAGCUGUUUACCCCACACACAACGUAUACACACUCUGGAUAUCGAUUUUUGUAGUGUUCUGUAGA